UCCGGGAACCCGAUGAGAAAGCCCACCCGGCUCCUUCCCCGCCGCAACAGAAGAACAGGACUCUUCCCCCCCUACCAUUAUAUAUAUCCAUCUCACUCCCUUCUUCCACUCAAAUUCAAAGUCUUCUCCUUCCCAUCUUUGAAUUUCUCUCUCAACACUCUCCCCAUCGAUGGCAUCUCGAGAGGAAUCUUCAACCUUAGAUCUCAUCAGGCAACAUCUCCUUAACGACUUUACCUCCAUGGAGAGCUUCGUCUCCAGUCUCAAUCUCUGUUCCUCUGACAACUCCCAAAACCAAUCCACAGGAAUUUCGGACCUCAAAAAUGGUGGAAUCUUUGAUUACUUGCUACCCAAAGAAGAACCCAUCGCCUGUUCUUCCAACUCUUCCAAUUCUUCCGAUUCUGCCAACCAAACCAAGCCUAGACCUUCCAACUUAAGCCACCGCCGGCCAUCCAUAAACGUUGCAAUACCUCCGACAAGAACAACCUUCGGCGAAAAUUCACAGCCGGGGCCCAUAUUGGCGGCGACUAAAAGUAGCCUGAAUAACGUUUCGGAUGAUUCUGCCGAGAGUAAGCAUUACAGGGGCGUCCGGCGCCGGCCCUGGGGGAAGUUCGCUGCUGAGAUACGCGACCCCAACAGAAAAGGCUCGCGGGUGUGGCUCGGGACCUUCGAUACCGCCAUAGAAGCGGCGAGAGCUUACGACCGAGCUGCGUUCAAGCUGCGUGGCAGCAAAGCCAUUCUGAAUUUUCCUCUGGAGGUUGCUGGGAAUUCCCUGGAGUAUGAUACUCCUGCACUGAGUCAUCUCGGUAGGAAAAGAAGCAGAGAGAUCGAGAGUGAGAAGGAAGAGAGGAAAAUUCAAGCUGUGGAGAGUAAGGUGUUGAAGGUGGAGUCUGCGGAAGCAGUUCAGAUUCAGAAGGUAAAGUCGUCGGAGAUUGCUUUACCGGCGGCUGGUCCGUUGACGCCGUCAAGUUGGACAGGGGUAUGGGAUUGUGAUGUUAAGGGAAUUUUCAGCGUGCCUCCAUUGUCACCGUUAUCUCCAUAUCCUUCAAUGGGGUAUUCUCCGCUUAUGGUUAUAUGAGACCACAGCAUACUCAAUUGGAGAUGGUUGACGGAGUUCACUAAAUUCGGAAACUUUGCCGGAAAUCAUUGGAAAUAUAUAUAUAUAUAGUGUGUACUAAAUGUAAAUACUAGAGAGUAAAGAGGUUGCUUUGGAUAUUGUGAUGUUGAAUUUGUUUAUUCAUUCAUCUCUUUAAUU